AUGACCUCUGGAGAAGCUAUUACAGGUUGUUACUGCAAAGAAGGGUUAGUAUCUCAGGUGGAGGUGGAAAAGCUGCUUCUCUUGUUGCACUUUUCAGCUCCCCCCAAGCGAGCUACACAGCCUGCAGUAAAAUCUACUGCCACUAUCUCGGUUCCAUCUGAGGUAUUCACGGGAGAAGAAAACCAAACCCACGUGACUGAAUUUAUCUUCCUGGGCCUUUCACAGGAUCCACAGACACAAGCCUUGCUCUUCUUCCUUUUUCUGAUCAUCUACCUGCUGACUGUGCUGGGAAAUCUGCUUAUCACUGUGCUCAUUCACAAAGACCCCAGACUCCACAUGCCCAUGUACUUUUUCCUUAGACACCUGUCUUUUGCUGAUCUCUGCUUUUCCACCACUACAGUCCCUCAGGUGCUAGUCCACUUCCUAGUAAAAAGGAAAACCAUUUCCUUUGCUGGAUGCUCAAUGCAGAUGGUUGUUUUACUUCUGGUUGGCGCUACAGAGUGUGUGCUGCUGGCGGUGAUGUCCUAUGACCGGUAUGUGGCUGUCUGCAAGCCCCUGCACUACUCCGCCAUCAUGACACACUGGGUGUGUGUCCAGCUGGCUACCGGGUCCUGGGCCAGUGGAGCAUUUGCGUCUCUGGUGGACACCACAUUCACACUGCGUCUGCCCUACCGAGAAUACAAUAUCAUUAACCAUUUUUUUUGUGAACCUCCGGCACUCCUGAGGCUGGCUUCAGCUGAUACCUACAGCACAGAAAUGGCCAUUUUAGGGAUGGGGGUGGCCAUCAUCCUAGCACCUGUCUCCCUGAUCCUUGUCUCCUACUGGCAUAUUAUCUCCACUGUGAUCCAGAUGCAGUCUGGGGAGGGCAGGCUCAAGGCUUUCUCUACCUGUGGCUCCCAUCUCAUCGUCGUGGUCCUCUUCUAUGGGUCAGCAAUAUUCGCCUACAUGCGGCCCAACUCCAAGGUAAUGAACGAAAGGGAUAAAAUUAUCUCUGUGUUCUACUCAGCAGUGACACCCAUGCUGAACCCCAUCAUUUAUAGUCUGAGGAACAAGGAUGUCAAAAGGGCUCUCAGGAGAGUGACUGCAACAUAGUCUUUCUGA